AUGUCCUCCGCCCAACCCACCAUCGUUGAUCCAGAGACCCGUCGCGGCCGGCAAUACGGCACGUCCACCGACGGCACGCCCUGGACACGCCGAGUGCACCCCACCACCGGCGCGCCACUCACGCCCUGGACCCCCGUGGAGCCGGUGCUGCCCCCCUCGUCCUCCCCGCUCGUGCUGUCCCUCAUCACCGAGAACCAGUCGGACAGCGAAGUGCGGCACUGGUCGCUCUUCUGCCACCGGCCGCCGGGCAGCCCGCGCGGGCGCGCGUGGCAAGUCACGGGCGACGCCGAGUUCAUGGUGUGCAACCACGAGCACGACGCCGACAAGCUCGGCGGCGACGCGUUUGCGUCGUGCCAGGUGCUCAACGACGACCUGAGCGCCGCGCAGCUGGCGCGCGUCGAGCACGUCGUCGCCGCGGAGCCGCCGCCCCGCGCGCCGAACCGCAGCGCCGUCACGGAGAACUGCCAGGGCUGGGUCGUGCGUGUGCUGAAGCGCCUGGCGGCCGAGGGCAUCGUUCAGCAGCACCGCGUUGCCGAGCUGGAGAAGCGCCUGGAUCCGGUCAACUGA